UCGAGUUUCGUUUCGAAACGCCCCUAAAGUCUAAACCCGAAGCCGAAGUACGGGAUUUCCAAUCUUAAAUUGAAAAUUGAAGUCAUUUACAGUAAUUUUUGUUUAAGAAUUUCAUUCUACUAUAGUCUUGAAAUUUAACUGGGUAUAAGCUAUUUUAAAAUAUUUAAAUUAAAACUUACUUGUAGAGCAUACCUGCAUGCAGGUUUACAUUUUAGCUACUAUUGAUUUAUCAGUUAAGUUAGGAAUAUUGACUUUGUAGUGCUCCUGAGAUUUAAAAUUCGGUUGAGAUGACAGACUCUAAAUACUUUACGACCACGAAGAAGGGAGAAAUUUUUGAGUUAAAGUCUGAACUCAACAGUGAUAAGAAAGAGAAAAAGAAAGAGGCUGUCAAGAAGGUCAUUGCUUCUAUGACUGUUGGUAAGGAUGUGUCAGCAUUAUUUCCGGAUGUUGUGAACUGCAUGCAAACUGACAAUCUUGAACUGAAGAAGCUGGUUUACCUGUAUCUUAUGAAUUAUGCUAAGUCUCAACCAGAUAUGGCCAUAAUGGCAGUAAACACUUUUGUCAAGGACUGUGAAGACUCCAAUCCGUUGAUCCGUGCAUUAGCUGUGAGAACCAUGGGCUGUAUAAGAGUCGAUAAGAUAACAGAGUAUUUGUGUGAGCCACUAAGGAAAUGUCUUAAAGAUGAGGAUCCAUAUGUACGCAAGACAGCCGCUGUUUGUGUUGCAAAGCUCUAUGACAUCUCGCCAAGUAUGGUGGAAGAUCAGGGUUUCUUGGAUCAACUUAAAGAUCUGCUCAGUGACUCCAAUCCAAUGGUUGUUGCAAAUGCAGUGGCAGCUCUUUCUGAGAUCAAUGAAGCAAGUGUUUCUGGACGUCCACUUGUUGUAAUGAACGCGCCGACCAUCAACAAGCUACUGACAGCGCUGAACGAGUGCACAGAGUGGGGACAGGUGUUCAUCCUGGAUGCGUUGUCCAACUAUAGUCCUUGGGACUCGCGCGAGGCCCACUCCAUCUGUGAGCGCAUCACGCCACGUUUGGCACACGCCAAUGCCGCUGUAGUUCUCUCCGCAGUGAAGGUUCUAAUGAAGCUACUGGAGAUGUUAUCUGAAGAAGAAGACCUGGUCACUACUUUGUCCAGGAAGCUCGCACCACCGCUGGUCACAUUGCUGAGUGCUGAACCCGAAGUGCAGUAUGUGGCACUGAGGAACAUCAACCUGGUGGUGCAGAAGCGACCUGAUAUACUCAAACACGAGAUGAAGGUGUUCUUCGUGAAAUACAACGACCCGAUCUACGUGAAGCUGGAGAAGUUGGACAUAAUGAUCCGACUGGCCUCGCAGGCGAACAUAGCACAGGUGCUUGGCGAGCUCAAGGAGUACGCGACUGAAGUGGACGUCGACUUUGUGAGGAAAGCCGUGCGCGCUAUUGGCCGGUGUGCUAUCAAGGUGGAGCCAUCUGCCGAGCGCUGUGUAUCAACACUGCUGGAGCUGAUCCAGACGAAGGUUAACUACGUGGUACAAGAGGCAAUCGUGGUUAUAAAGGACAUCUUCCGGAAAUACCCCAACAAGUACGAGAGCAUCAUCAGUACACUCUGUGAGAACUUGGACACUUUGGAUGAGCCGGAAGCUAGGGCUUCAAUGGUAUGGAUCGUGGGAGAGUACGCAGAGCGAAUAGACAAUGCUGACGAAUUAUUGGACUCAUUCCUGGAAGGAUUUCACGAUGAAAAUGCUCAGGUACAAUUACAAUUGCUUACUGCAGUUGUAAAGUUGUUCCUGAAGCGGCCAGCGGACACUCAGGCUCUCGUGCAACAUGUGCUCAGCUUGGCUACACAGGACUCUGACAACCCAGACCUUAGAGACCGCGGUUUUAUAUACUGGCGCCUUUUAUCCACGGACCCGGCCGCUGCCAAAGAAGUGGUUCUCGCUGACAAGCCACUCAUUUCUGAAGAGACAGACUUGCUGGAGCCGACUCUGCUGGACGAGCUCAUCUGCCACAUUAGCUCGCUGGCUUCCGUCUACCACAAACCGCCAACUGCGUUUGUUGAAGGUCGCGGCGCCGGCGUUCGCAAGUCGUUGCCGCCGCGCUCUGGUGAAGACCCACAACCGCCGCCAACUGUAAUACCUAAUCAGGAGUCUAUCAUCGGCGACCUCUUGUCUAUGGAUAUUGGUGCGCCCCCCGCCCCCGCCCCCGCUGCGCCCGUCGCCCCCGCUUCCAAUCUGGACCUGCUUGCGGGAGGACUCGACGUGCUCCUCGGCGGAGGAGAGUCAAGCGGAGCGGGAGCAGUGCCGCCGGUGGGCGGAACAGCCGGCCUGUUGGGAGACAUCUUUGGUGUGUCGGCACCUCCCGCCUGCUUCACGCCGCCCAAGCAGUGCUGGCUGCCUGCUGACAAGGGGAAAGGUCUUGAGGUGUGGGGCACAUUCAGCCGGCAGAACGGGCAGCCUCGCAUGGAGAUGACGUUCACCAACAAGGCAAUGCAGCCAAUGACCGGCUUCGCGAUACAACUCAACAAGAACAGUUUCGGCGUGUACCCGGGCGGCGCCCUGUGCGUGGGGGCCGUGGCGCCGGGCGCGAGGGCCGACGCCGCGCUGCCGCUGGCGGCGCCCGGGCCCGUGCAGCGUAUGGAGCCGCUCAACAACCUGCAGGUUGCGAUCAAGAACAACAUCGACGUGUUCUACUUCGCGUGCCUGAUCCCGGCCCACGUGCUGUUCGCGGAGGACGGUCAGCUCGACAAGCGCGUGUUCCUCACCACGUGGAAGGAGAUCCCGGCCGCCAACGAGGUGCAGCACACCAUCGCCAACGUGGCGGGCGCCGCCGACUCCAUCGCGCACAAGAUGACGCUCAACAACGUGUUCACCAUCGCCAAGAGGAACGUGGAGGGCCAGGACAUGCUCUACCAGUCGCUCAAGCUGAUCAACAACAUCUGGGUGCUGUUGGAGCUGAAGCUGCAGCCGGGGAACCCGGAAGCAACUCUCAGCCUCAAAUCCCGGACGGUUGAGGUCGCUACAUGCAUAUUCCAGGCUUAUGAAGCUAUACUAAAGUCGUAAUCUCAAGUUCUACUCCAGUUUUCGCUACUGAGUCAAUAGAUGGCGCAAAAUUCAAAAUGUAAUUUCGGUCAUUUUUCAUAAAUUUUUAUUUAGCGAGGGCCUGAUGUGUCGUCAUAUCAUACUUAAAAAAUUUUCAACAUCCAAAACAUGCUACCCGCAUGCUUAUAUUUGAAAUCAGUACCCAAAAUAACAUGUUAUAAGGAGCUUUAAGGUUUUUGUUUGUUAAAAAGUAUACAAAGUUGUAAGACUACUUGACUGUAAAUUCCAUUAGUUUAAAACUUUAUUUAUAUUAUAAGAUGUAUUAAGAUCUAUUGUUA